AAGCAGGGGGGGCUGAAUAAAAACCCAAUAAUACCUCAGGGUGUCUUCGUUGUGGCUCAACUGCUUGAAUCUUUUGUGCAGAACUCCAAUCUGCUCACAGGAGACUGCAAAGAACAUGUCAAAUGUAUUCAUAUAAAACACAGGUGGAAUUAUCCGGGCUAGUGUGUCUAAUGUUUUAUUUACUGCAACACCACCAGUUGUCUGUAUUCUAGAGGACCAGAAGAAGACUGCCAAGCACCCAUGUUUAAAAAAAAAAAAAAAAAAAAGUCCUUCCCGGGACGGUCCACUGGUCCACCGGAGCAGGACAGGAAGAUGGUGGGAUACUACGUCAACUAUGGAGCAAAGGAGCAGGAAAAGAAGCCACGCUCAGACGUUGGGAAUCAUCUGAACACUUGACACACACCACAACAGCCCUCUCACAUCCCCGCAGGGAGAAAAAAACACAUUAAAACACUUCCGCAACCAAGGACGGUGACGUCACGGAGCAAGGCUGCACCUUCCAUCGUUACAGUAUAUCGAUUUUAAUUUUAAAACGCUUAAAUCAUGUGUCAUUUUUUUUAGUUCCAUGUCCUUGCUCAUUUUAAGUACGUCAAAUUAAUAUUGACUCUACUUUCCCAUUUGUUGCAUGUUUUACUCGUUAACAUUAAAAAAAAUCAAAUUCAGUUUCAUUUAUUAUUUUAUUUCUCUCAGUUUAUAUAUGUGUAUAUUUUUUAGAUCAUCAAACCUUCAGGCAAGCAAAAAUGAAUCCGACAAGUCCGGACAUGAUCCCAGGAGCUAAUUAGUUCCAGGUGUGUGGAAUGGAAGCAGAAAUCUGAUUGGCUGAUAUAGCGGAAGUAAAGUAAACAAGAAUGCUCUGUGCGUAAACAAUAGCCUUGACAUGCAAACCAAUCCAUAAAACAACGAAGGGGGAAAGAAGUAAAGUAAAAGGGUUCCACAAAGACUCAAAGGUGAAGCUCUUAUCCACCGGUGCUGUCAUUCCACAAGUGCAACCUGCAGGUACUUGGAGUAGCCCAAAGUAUGACAUUUCCCACAAGGCGAUCUGGUGUCUGCAUUGUUGCUCCAUGCUGCAAAGUGCGAGCUGAUUCUUUACCUCCCGUCCCCCAAAAAUAUGCACAACGGGCGCUGAAGUUGCACAAGAAGAGGAUAAUUAUUGUAUUUUUUGGGGGGAGUUUAAUUUGCUUGGUAGAUAGCCAGGAGGGAAAAGUGUGCGGAGGUGCAGCCAGACUAUAUGAGGAUCGGCACACGGUUUUUGGUGCCCCCACGCAGAGAUGCCAGUGCGCGCCGUGACCACCAGGUUCAUGUACAAGGGACUGUGCACCAUCCCCGAUGUCCUGACUUACCGGACCCCUGUCAACCUACCUGAAGACGAGGUGGAGGAGAUCCGUGAGGCGUUCAAAGUGUUCGACCGGGAUGGGAAUGGCUUCAUCUCCAAGCAGGAGUUGGGCAUGGCCAUGCGUUCCUUGGGCUACAUGCCCAACGAGGUGGAGCUGGAGGUCAUCAUCCAAAGACUGGACAUGGACGGUGACGGUCAGGUGGGGUUUGACGAGUUUGUCACAUUGCUCGGUCCCAAACUGUCAGCAGCCGGGAUGCCGGAUAAGUUCCACGGGGCAGACUUUGACUCUGUGUUUUGGAAGUGCGACAUGCAGAAACUGACAGUAGAUGAGCUGAAGAGGCUUCUCUACGACACCUUCCGGGACCACCUCACCAUGAAGGACAUCGAGAACAUCAUCAUGACUGAGGAGAGCCACCUGAACAGCCCCGAGUCCCACGUGAACAUUGACACCAGCCCAACACAACAGGAGAAACACACAUGCGUGCGUAAAAGUUUGAUCUGUGCCUUCGCCAUUGCGUUCAUCAUCAGCGUCAUGCUCAUUGCCGCCAAUCAAAUGCUAAGACGAGGGAUGAAGUGAAUGUUCAUAUGACUUAGCGAUAAACCAAAUAUUGUUUGUUUUUCAACAUUUCACCAGCUUCUACAGAAUCCGUAUGUCAGCAGGAGUCACAUGACCGAGCAGCGAGACGCUUCAAGGGCUGAUCACAAUUCGAAAACCGUCGCGAUUCACUGCAAUACGAAUCUUUUCAUGUUGUAUGACAUAACCGCAUUUCUUGGAUCUAAGACAGCUAAACUUUUGAUUUAUUGUCUAAAAUAUACAUUUUUAAUAAUAAUGACGACACAAGGAAAUAUAAUGAAAUCUAUAGUGAAAUAUCACACAAUGUUUACCUUUUUUUUCCCCCACAAAAUGUUGCCUCCCCCUGCAAGUUUAAUAAUGGUUUAUCCUUAUGUGAGACAAAACCCAUCUUUACCUUUUCAGUGCAUUCUCAACAGAGAAAAGCGGGUAGCACGAGCUAGCAAUGCACAUUUUCUCCAAUAAAAGCUCUGAUAAAACAUUCCACU